CGCCCCUCCAGGGUUUGCUAACGCGGCUAAAACCUGCUGUUGACAGUGUCCCCAUUCACUCCUGGGACCCAAAGAACUCAAGAGUGAAGGGCAUCCCGAGUGCUCUCUAGGUCUUAAUGUUAAGGGAAGCCCCAAGAUCAGCUGGGCAGGGAGGGAGAUUUGUCGCUGACACCAGGAAGUGAUCCUGUCACAAAGCCAAGCCGACACUCGGCCACUCGGGCCCGACCGUGAAUGAGCGCGCUUGCGCAGUGGCGUCCGGGGCGGCGCAGGGGGCGUGGCCGUCCGCUCCUCGCCCCGCCUCUACCCAGGCGCGCCCGCGCAGUCCGGGAAAGCGAGCGGAGACAGCGCCUGCGCAAUCGUGGCGGAGGAGGCUGUGGCGGCAGCGGCAAUGGAACCCGCGGAGCAGCUGAGCGAGUUAGUGUCAGCCGAGGGCCGAAACCGGAAGGCGGUGCUGUGCCAGCGUUGCGGCUCCCGGGUGCUGCAGCCAGGAACCGCUCUCUUCUCCCGCCGACAGCUCUUCCUGCCUUCCAUGAGAAAGAAGCCGGCGCUGGCCGACGGCAGCAGCCCUGAGGGCGACCUCCUCCAGGAGCACUGGCUGGUCGAGGACAUGUUCAUCUUUGAGAACGUGGGCUUCACCAAGGACGUGGGCAACAUCAAGUUUCUGGUCUGCGCAGACUGUGAAAUUGGACCGAUUGGCUGGCACUGCCUAGAUGACAAGAACAGCUUCUACGUGGCCUUGGAACGGGUUUCCCAUGAGUGACGCGGGGCGGGGACUCAGCUCCACCCCGGCUCCCCACAAGAACUGGCGGUUGACCUGUGCGGUGUCUGCCGCCUUCUGGGUACUGAUGUAGCUGCGUGAGCACGUCAAGGGGUCCCCGCUUCCCCGAGGCCUCAGGGGCAUGCCUCCUGCUUCCGGUCCCCUCCCCCGCCCGUCCUGACGCUGUCCCGCCCCCUGCUUUCUCCUCGGCUCUGCUUUACCCAAGGCUGCCUGUCUGCUUGCUUCAACCCGGGCGCGUGACAGAAGGUGCGCAGGGGCCGGGGGUCGCAGCUCCACCUUUCUCCGGCUCAUUCAGGAAGCCCCGCCCACACGGGCCCCAGAGCGACUUUGUCGGAUGCCUGACUGUGUCGCCAGGGUAGCUCUCCCGGGCAUUCACAGACUUGUGCAUUGAAGCCUCUGACUGGAACACAGCAGGCAGACAUGGCCGUCUUCCCUUCAGCUCUUGGGCUUCUCUGCGGAAUCAGCGGUGGGGGUGGGGGUGGAGGACUUGAAAGGAGCGGGCCUGUGCCGCGGACUCGCGACGCCGUGGGCUGUGUCAUCCGCAGAGGCGCCGCCCUUGUGCGCUCCUCAUUUACCGAGCCCACGGGGCACCGUGCUCAGACUUUGAGUACCCGCUGACUGUGCCGGCCCAGGAUCCGCGCUCGCCGUCAGCCUGGCCCUGCUGGCGCAGCUGUGGGGCUCCUCCCUUCACCCCAGAGCUGCCUCUGGGCUCCUCGCGGGAGGCAGAGCCUGGACAGGGGGCAGCCAGCCCACUCCCCUGGAGCCGGAGUGAGCGGAGAUGCCCGUUCCAGCAGCCGCAGAGGAGCGGCCCCUCGAGGCACAGACCCAAGCCGCAAAACCCAGUCGGUGCUUCCUGUGCCCCCGCCUCACAAGCUGAGCGUUUCUUAAGUGUAGGCUUUAGCUUUUCUUUUAUAGUCGCAGAAGUGGCACCGGUUCAUUGGGUGAAAUUAGAAUCGGUGUCCAGUUUCGCCUGCAGUCCUGCCACGCCGCGGCGGCCGCGUCCUUCCCCGGGCUUUUCUCUGUGUGCGUGUACAGGAACGUGUCCAGUGUUUCUGAAAGCAGACAGAAACCAGGCUGUAGUCUUCUGUAACUUAUUUAUGACAGCAGAGGGUGGCUCUCUCCCCAUGUCAGCAGGCAGACGCCGUGUACCCCAGCGCUGCUGGUGUUCCCGUGAGCUCUGUCAUUGUGUAAACAACCCGCCAGCUUGAUUUCGCGUGUGGCGUUGUAGCUGGAUCUGCGCCCGCCCUGGGCUGCUCCCCACGUGUGCGUGUGGUGCGAGGUGGAGCCGCAGGGCUCCCUGUUGAUGGCUGCGCCCUGGCUGGCACGCGGUCCUCGGCGGGACUGCGCCCACCUCCAGCAGUGUCGAUGAGCUCUAGUUUCUCUGAACCCCUUACCAACAUGGGGUAUUUAUUAUCCUUAGAAAAAAUACUUGGCCACUUUACCCAGAGGGAAGAAAUAGUAACUCAUUAUUUUAAUUUGCAUUUUUUUUCUUUCUAAUGAAGUUUUAUAUACACUUAA